GGAUCGGACAACUAUUGAGAACAAGGGACUCCUACGCCCGCUUUAAAGCUGAGGACCGGCAUUGAUCUAUAACCUACACGCUGCAGUUGCCGUUCGUGGUCAUGGAUGAUUUUGUCCGUAACACAUUAAAUGAAUGGGGCUUCAGCGAGUGGAUAGAAAGAUUUGAAGAUCAACGUAUUGACACGGAGAGUCUUUAUUGUCUCGAUGAACACGAAAUCGACGCCUUGAUCCCAAUAGUGGGACCAAGGUCAAAGUUCAAGAAGAGACUCAAGUUGUUAAAGGAACAAAACACAGCAAAUCCAGAAACAGUUGAUUCGUCUACUCAAGUUUGUCCGUCCACCAGCGGCACAAGUGAUGAAGGAAAGAGAAGGUUGGAUCUUCAGGGCGAGUCUAGCCAAUCACCAACUAAAAAACAACGACUUCACACAAAACCAGGAUCAUACUCAGAAGAAAUCAUACUGUCUGAUGUGAAAACCAUCAUGAGAUGUGUCCAUCAGAAAAUACCUAGCCAAGACAACAAGCUAAACAAUUUCCUGAGGAAAAAAAUAAGUGGUUUGGAGACAGACAAGAGGGAGAUGGUCGGUGUCUUUGGCAAAACCGGGGCUGGAAAGAGCUCUUUGAUAAAUGCCGUCAUUGGAGUGAAGAAUCUCUUGCCCUCUGGAAGAGUCAGUGCAUGUACCUCAGUCAUGAUUAAAGUGGAGGCUAACAUGCAGAACUCAAAGUAUGAGGCAGACAUUGAGUUCAUUACAGAAGAGGAGUGGACCGAUGAGCUGUGGUUCUUGUUAAACUUCCUCGGGGAUGAUGCAGAUCAGGAAAGUGAUCAGAAAGAUGACGAUGAUCGUCGGGAUAUUGUUGAAAAGCUGUCAGCACUGUAUGGAGAAGACUGGGAAAAAAAAUCUCCUGAAGACCUCAUGGAUGGCAAAUAUUUCAAAGAGAUCCCAGAAUUUCGACUUCGCAAGAAAAAGACUUUGACAGGCGAAACAGCUGAAGAGCUAUCCGCGAAAUUAGUCAAAUACACAAAAAGCGACCCAAAACAUGGAGAAGUGAAGAGGUGGUAUUGGCCACUAGUGAAGUGUGUCACUAUCAGGGUGCCAAAUAAUGAUCUUCUUAAGCAUGUCACAAUUGUUGAUCUUCCUGGAAAUGGGGACCGUAACAAGGGCAGAGACAAGAUGUGGCAACAGGUCGUUGGAAGUUGUUCCACUGUGUGGAUCGUGACUGACAUGAAUCGAGCUGCGGCAGAGCCAGAAGCCUGGGAGAUCCUGGAAAGUGCCAGUAGCUUCAUGGGAAAUGCUGGCGAGUGUCGGCAUAUUCACUUUAUCUGCACCAAGUCUGAUCUUAGUGAAGAUUCAGAAGAUCAUUCAGCAGCUGGUGUUCGUGAUUUCAUAUUGAAAGCAAACGAUCAAGCAAAGAAAGAAGUGAGAAAAGAAUUCAGCAAACUACACACGGUUAAGAAACAUUUCAGUGAUGAAAGUUUCGAAGUGUUCACAGUGAGCUCCAAAGAGUUUCUAAAAAAGAAACUUCUACAUAAAGAUGACACUGAAAUACCCAAACUUCAGAAAUUUCUGCAGAAUCUCAAUGACAGUCACUCAGAGACGUUAAACUAUGUGUCUGGAGCUCUUGGGAUUCUCUCUCUGAUUCAAGGGGCCAGCCGUAGAGAAGGGGCUGACAUAAAGACAGCUGUAUGCACAGUCCUGAAACAAAAGAUGAGGCAUGAACUUGGUAAAAUCAGGGAACCCAUGGAAGAGACCUAUCAGGCUUUCGAAAAAAGCCUCAGUGAGGGGGUUGAAAAAUCAAAAAGUUCAUGGGAAAAAGUCUUGAAGUCGGUCAUACAUCCUAGAAAGACAGGUAGUGGUUUCCAUGGGACCCUGAAGUGUAUAGUACAGCACGAUGGUAUCUACAAAAAAACAAAAAAACAUAAAGAAAUAAACCUCAAUAUGAAGUUAUCUGCAUGCCUGACUGAGAGCAUUGAUGAAAAAUUCAAGAAGACUUUCCCAAAUGAAGGAAAAGCAUUCAAUGGUGUCCUGAAUUCGUUUUCACUUGACACGAAGAAGAUGAAGGAGAAGACAAAGUACAAAGAUGUCGAGCUGCAACUGAUAUUUCUCAAUACAGAGGAAGAAAAGAUGAAGACAAAACUGAACAAAAUCAUUCGCGAUCGUAAGAAAGAGAUUUACAGCAGUCUGAUGACAACAAUUCAGACAGCCAUGCAGGAAUGCUACAACAAUGCAAAACAUAUUAGAGGAACAGGGAUGCUGCAAAACAUGAGGGCCACUAUUGUGAAGCACGUACAUGGGUCAAAGGACGUCAUGUUUCAGGAAGCUAAAGAUGUUAUGUUGAACCAGCUGAGGGACUUGAUGAGCUACAUCCUGAAGGAUCUGGAAAAAACAAUGCACGAGUCAAUUGAGUUGUCGCUCAAGAAUGAUGGUGUCUCAAUCCCAGACGUUACAGUGGAGCUUGACAUGGUGAGGAACCACCAUAAAGAACUGAUGGGAAACCCAGAUGAAGAAAACCACUAAUCUGUGCUGCACAGCUGAUUACCAACUGAAGAGCCCCGCGGGCUCACUGAUUAGAGCCGGGAGGCCUCUGGAUUGAUCUCCACCAUUUUUGUCAGGCCAUUUAAUCCAUGUUCUCUGUGUUGUUUUGAUAUGUUCUUUGAAUUAGCUUGUUGUGAAUUCAAUGCAUAGAGAUUCAUUCAUUCAUGAAAAAUUUGAUAGAACUAGAUGAUAUUAAUAAACCAGCCUAUCUGGUUUCUCAUUAUUUACUGAACAAUUGUUUUGUUUUAAUCUUCACAGGUUUUGUCAUGGUAUACUGUCCAAUAAAGAUCACUUUCAAAGUUC